UGUGAGUCAGACAACACAAGACAGUGAGUUGUCUUUUUGGGAUUGUGUCUUCAGUUUCUGGAGCCAGCACAGCGCUGUGAAACUUUGUUGUUGUUGUUGUUGUUGUUUUUACCGAGCUUUUGGUCUUUGGAGUUUCAAGGAUGAGAAACAUCAGAGCAAAAACGUUAUUGCUGUCAGCAUCUCUUGGUCUGUUGGUCUUUCUCCUCUGUAAAGAUUUUAUUGACCUCAAAAGCAGUCACCUCUAUGCAUAUGUGAGAAAGGGUGACACUCAAAGAAGACGACCCACCAACAGCUCCUAUGUAUACUCCUGGCCAGGAUGUCAACAAAAUACAUCUGCUGCAAAUGCCACAAACUUCAGCUCUCUUCCUGAUAGUAUAAAAGACUUUCUAUACUAUCGACACUGUCGCCAUUUCCCCAUGCUGCUGGACUUUCCUGACAAAUGUGGAGGAGCUGAUAAAUCAGCAGACAUCUUCCUUCUGUUGGUCAUUAAAAGCUCCCCUGUGAACUACGACCGCAGAGAGGUGCUGCGCAAAACCUGGGCUGAAGAGCGAUUACACAACGGUGUGCGGAUCCGAAGGCUCUUCAUCACGGGAACGACGGGUUCUGGUUUUGAGAAAACGAGACUGAACAAACUGCUCGAGCUGGAGCAACGUGAGCACAGAGAUAUCCUCCAAUGGGACUUCAGUGACACAUUCUACAACCUCACCUUGAAGCAGAUUCUCUUCCUGGAAUGGAUGGAAAGAAACUGUCCGAACGUUCGCUUCCUGCUCAACGGUGAUGAUGACGUCUUCGCCAACACAGACAACAUGGUCGAGUAUCUCCAAGGCCUCAAGGAUAACGAUGGAAGCAAGCACCUCUUUACUGGCAACCUGGUUGCGAAUGUUGGACCCAUUAGAUCACCAUGGAGCAAGUAUUUCAUCCCAGUUCAGGUACAGGAGUCAGAAUCAUAUCCCCCCUACUGUAGUGGUGGGGGCUUCCUCUUGUCUGGCUAUACAGCUUUGGUCAUAUACGCUAUGUCCCAGUCCAUCCCCAUUCUUCCCAUUGAUGAUGUCUACAUGGGGAUGUGUCUGGCCAAAGCAGGACUUGGUCCAGCUUCUCAUAUGGGUAUGCUAAUGAUAGGACUGCACAUUCCCUCCCGCACAAUAGAUGGAUAUGACCCUUGCUAUUAUAAAGAAGCUUUACUGGUGCACAGAUUCCUUUCAGUCAACAUGUAUCUUAUGUGGCACAGAAUCCAUGAUCCAGAUCUGAAAUGUGGUGACUUAAAGGUGGUGAAAGAGCUUGAUGGCACUUUGGUUCCUGCUCCUGCUCUUGGGUUGCGAGUGCAAGAAUGA